AAUCAAAAUGGAAGCUGUUUUGGUUCAUCGGCUGUUUCAGCUUCUUUCCACUAUUCUACUGCUGCUGUUGCCGCAUCUGACAGGUGCAGCGGCAUCUGCAGCCUCACUGAGAGGCGGUUGCCCAGAAAAAUGCGGGGAUGUUGAAAUCCCCUACCCAUUCGGUAUCGGCCCCAACUGCUCCAUGGAAGGCUUUGCACUGACUUGCAACAUGACUGAUGCAGGUGUCAGGAAACCUUUCUUCUUCAAUGUCGAGAUCAUCGACAUCUCGUUGCAGCUGGGCCAAGCACGCAUGUUGAACCACAUAUCGCAGCAGUGUUAUCAUGCGAGCAACAGGUCCAGUACGUACAAUGACUGGAUUCUGAAUUUGGAUAACACACCAUAUAGAUUCUCCGAUGUCCACAACAUGUUCACGGUCAUCGGCUGCAACACGCUUGCCUAUAUCCAAAGCUUCCGAACCAACUACCAGAGUGGUUGUGUGUCCAUGUGCCAGAACGAGCUGAGCCUAGUAAAUGGCUCGUGUUCAGGCAUCGGCUGCUGCCAAACCUCCAUCCCAAAGAACCUUACAUACUACAAGGUCUCGUUUGAUGAAAAAUUCAACAACUUGCAGGUUUGGAACUUCAGCCCUUGCAGCUAUGCUGUGCUGCUGGAGGCAGAUUGGUUUAGGUUUCGCACGUCUUACAUCACUACCUAUCAAUUCUGGAACUACAGCAAUAGCAGGGUGCCGAUGGUGGUGGAUUGGGCAAUCGGAAAUGAGACAUGUCAGGCAGCAAAGCUCAACAAAACCUCUUAUGCUUGCAGAAGUGCAAACAGUGAGUGUUUCGACUCCUCCAAUGGUCCUGGAUAUCUUUGUUAUUGUUUAAGUGGCUACCAAGGGAACCCCUAUCUCCUUGAUGGAUGCAAAGACAUCGAUGAAUGUGUUGAUAAAGAUCAAUAUCCGUGCCAAGGCAUCUGCCAGAACACGAAUGGUAGCUACAAUUGUUCCUGCCCACCGGGCACACAUGGCAACCCCUUCGCUGGAACUUGCACAUCAAACCGGAAACUUCCCUUGGCAGCAAAAGCGAUUCUAGGCACCUCCAGCAGUAUAGCCUUUCUAUCAUUAUGUAGUAUGUGCAUCUAUAUGAUUUAUGAAAGAAGAAAAUUUGCCAAAGUUAAAGAAAGAUAUUUUAAGGAGCACGGAGAUUGGAUUUUGAUGGAAGAGAUCAAAGAAAAACAAGGUCAUGCAUUCAAGAUAUUCACGAGCAAAGAAUUAGAGAAGGCGACCAAUAAGUUUGGUGACAACCAAGUCCUUGGGAGGGGAGGACAUGGAACAGUUUACAAAGGAGUUUUGGAGGAUGACCGCAUUGUUGCCAUUAAGAAACCUAAAUUUAUAAAUGAGACCAGCAAAAAUGAAUUUGGAAAGGAAAUGUUCAUUCUAUCACAGAUCAACCACAAGAACAUAGUUAAGCUGUUGGGUUGUUGUCUGGAAGUGGAGGUCCCAAUCCUAGUCUAUGAGUUCGUUCCCAAUGGGACCCUGUUUCAAUUUGUCCAUGAGAAUAAGAAUACAUAUCCCAUUUCCUUGGGUGCCCGCCUACAAAUUGCUUAUGAGUCAGCUGAUGCUCUGGCCUAUUUGCAUUCAUCAGCUUCACCUCCAAUCAUUCAUGGAGAUGUGAAGUCCUCUAACAUACUUUUAGAUGAAAAUUACAUGGCAAAAGUUUCUGAUUUUGGCGCUUCAAAGCUAGUGCCGCAGGAUGAGGAUCAGAUUGCUACCCUGGUGCAAGGGACUUAUGGUUACUUAGAUCCUGAGUACCUCCAAACAUGCCAAUUAACAGAUAAAAGUGACGUUUAUAGUUUUGGUGUAGUUCUACUAGAGCUGCUGACCGGUAAGAAGGCGGUUUCUUUCAAAGGAUCUGAAGAAGAGAGGAGCCUCGCAGCAAGUUUCAUGUUGGCCAUGAAGGAGAACCGCCUUCUUGAUGUCUUGGACAACCAGGUGAAAAAUGAAGGGGAUAUGGAACUGAUACAAGAAAUUAGCGAGCUUGCAAGACAAUGCUUGGACAUUAAGGGAGAAGAAAGGCCAACAAUGAAAGAAGUGGUGGAAGAGCUAGGCAAAUUGAGAAAAGUCAUGCAGCAUCCAUGGGUACCAAACAACACUGAGGAGGUUGAGAGCUUGCUUGGUGAAUCAUCAAAUGAUCACGGAAUAAAUUAUCAUGGGACAGAAACAACUACCUGCUACAAUUCUGAGAAAAGACUGGCAUCAAACAUCGAAUCUGGAAGGUAAAUUUACAGAACCCCUCGUUCUUUUUUUUUUUGUGUGUUCCUUAGAGUGCAUCUUAAAUAAACACUGGUCAUAAGUGUGCCUGUGAUUGUAUGUUUAUGUGAGUGAGUGCGAAAGGGAGGAAUAUUUCUUUCCCUACUGCUACUGAAUAAUGUUGUAUGUAAUAAAUGAUUCUCUAGACUACUAUUAUUGGAAAACUUUGUGAAAUAAAUCUCUACACCAGAAUGAUAAUAUUCUUGUCUUUA